AUGCUGCUGCCACACGGCUACGACGGGCAGGGCCCCGACCACAGCAGCGCGCGCAUAGAGCGCUUCCUUCAGGCCUGCUGCGACGAUCCGGACCACCUGCCAGGCUACUCGCCGGCAGACCGCAAGCUGAUGCGUGAUACCUACGAGGCCGUGGUCAAGGAGUUUGGCGGCAAGCUCAACCGAGACGGCGUGCUGCGCCUGCUGCGCUCCCUCGGCGUAGACAGCGGCAGCGGCGGCGGCGGCGGCGGCGGAGGCAGCAGGGGCCGAGGGGCCAACGGCGGCGGCGGCGGCGGCAACGGGGGCGGCGACGAAGAGCCGCUGGAUCUGCUGUGGAGCGAGCUAGGGCUGGGGCCGGAGGGCACGCCGGUGACGCGCGCCAGCUGGGAGCGCUUCAUGCUGCAGUGGAUGCGCCGCAACGCGGAGCGCAGCGCCAACAUGUUUGUGGUCAACGCCACCACGCCGGCGCAGUACUUCCACCUGCUGCGGAGACAGGUGAACCUGCGCCACAAGAAGCCCCUGGCCCUGUUCACCCCAAAGUACCUGCUGCACCACCGCCCCGCCACCAGCGCGCUGGAGGACUUCACCACCGGCAGGUACUUCAACCGCGUGAUUGAUGACGGCAAGGCCUCAGACAACACGCGCCACAAAGCCAUCAACCCGUGA